AUGGCGGUAAAUAGAUCUUCAAAGCUAACACAAACCGCAAUGCUGAAGCAAAUCCUCAAGAGAUGCUCGAGCUUAGCCAAGAAACAAUGCUAUGACGAGGAUGGCCUGCCUCUAGACGUACCAAAGGGUCAUUUUGUGGUCUACGUCGGCGAAAAGAGGAGUCGUUACAUCGUACCCAUCUCCAUCCUGACUCAUCCUAAGUUCAAGAGCUUGCUUCAACGAGCAGAGGAAGAGUUUGGAUUCAAUCACGACAUGGGACUCACUAUUCCUUGUGAAGAAGUUGUUUUCCGCUCUCUAACAUCCAUGAUCAGAUGA